AGUAGAACCGAGAAAGUAAUGCUGUGCGCAUUGCGUAGUGCGUGGACUUUUAUAUUUGUUGUUAAAAUUCGGUUUAAUAUUUCAGUACUUACUAGUAAUAUAAUUACUAAUUAGUAGACAGCUAAUGUCUAGUGUUUGGUGGUCGAGAAGGUUUUGAAAAUAUUUGUCAAUUUUGAACGAUCAUCAAAAUCCCAGUAAACCAACAUGUUCAAAAGUUUCCUGACCCACCUUCAAAAGGCGGUCCAGAGUAAAGCGAAUACCGCUCAAUUCACAAUGUCAAAUGUCCCGUCCUUCCACCAUAUCCCGAUUGUCGUUGAACAGUCGGGCAGAGGAGAAAGAGCCUUCGAUAUAUAUUCAAGGCUGCUCAAGGAGAGGAUAAUUUGUCUAAUGGGGCCUAUAAAUGAUGUCACCAGUUCUCUAGUCAUCGCUCAGUUACUAUUUCUGCAAGCGGAAUCAUCAACGAGGCCCAUUCAUAUGUACAUCAAUUCUCCUGGAGGGAUAAUAACAUCUGGAUUGGGAAUUUAUGAUACAAUGCAGUACCUCUUGCCACCGAUAUCCACGUGGUGUGUUGGCCAGGCAUGCAGUAUGGCUUCCUUGUUACUGGCAGCUG